AUGGAGUGCCAAUAUAUAACUUCUUGUAGAGUUCCUUUUACAAAAUUAGGAAUACUUAAAAGCUUACUAGCUCUGGAAAAGGAGUUGAAAGUGCCAACAUCGUUUGUAGUUGUUUCUCUAACCCAGAGAGAAGUGUUCUCAUCUAUGGUGAACUACAAGGUAUUUACAAAAAGGUUUUGGAAAAUGGCUUUGGUACUUUUCCCUACAUAUGUUCUUUCAUGUUCAAAAGAAUGCUAUACAUUUUAUAAUAAAGAAAAAGCCUUCUGUUUUUACUAUGAUUUGGCUAACAAACUACCGAAAGUUGCAAAAUUUAGUCCUUUUAAUAAAAGAAAGAUUCUUUUUGAAGUGGCAAAAUAUUAUAAUUCUUCGAAAAAACAAGGACACAUUUCAGUAAGACCAUAG